AAAUGUAUGUAUAUUAUUUCUCCAUCCUCAAAACCCUAUACUGUUCGUUGAUAACAAAGAUGGCUGUUGAAAGCAGACAAGACACAGCAUCUGAUAAGCUGUUACUUGAACAUGUAUGGGCGAACUUCAUUGGUGGAAAAGAACCGAAUACAGCAGCAGAACCUUCCAUGGAGACUUUAGAAAGACUGCCAAGUCUUGGGAGGUGGAUAUCAAUGGGAGCUGAUGCUUGGGAGGGUCUUCUUGAUGGGAUUAUUCCUUCAGGCAACAAAAUAGACCAAUCAUGUAAUGAUAAAACAAGCAGUAAAGUGUGUUCCAUGAGAGUAGAUAAGGUGGCAACGACCAGGCAUUACCGUGGAGUAAGGAGACGGCCAUGGGGAAAGUACGCUGCGGAGAUACGAGACUCGUCGAGGAAAGGUGCUCGUGUUUGGCUAGGGACAUUUGAAACAGCCGAGGAAGCAGCGAGGGCGUAUGACAAGGCUGCUUUGAGAAUUAGAGGUCCCAAGGCAUAUCUAAAUUUCCCAUUAGAGACAGUUGCUAAUAAGGCUACUAUGGUUGAUAACUCAAGAACUGGUCUCGGCUGUGUCGGAAAUGUUCCGAACGACCGGAAAAGAGGGUGUCGAGAUUGGGAGCAAAACAGGGAGUUUGUGAUGGUUGAACAGCCUACAAUGAAGAGAAUGGCAAGUGUUGCAGAGCAGGUGGUUGAAGAUGGAUAUGGUUUAUUUGAGUUUCCGGAUUUGGGGAGUGAUUAUUUAGAGAGUUUGUUGUCUUCUUUCUAACAGUUCGGAAAUAGGUAGCCAACUGACUGUACAUUCAAAUCGGUUGAUCAUCAUUGCUUGAAACAUUCAUUACUGUUUAUUGUAAUAGCAACGGUGGUAUUGUAAUUGAAUUAGGACUCA